AUGUCUGGCCGGGGAAAGAAGGCUGCACCCAAACCAAAAUCUGCAGUUUCCCGGUCUUCCAGAGCUGGAAUUACUUUCCCAGUGGGCCGCAUUCACAGGUUGCUCAGGAAAGGCAACUACGCUGAGCGGAUUGGAGUUGGCGCCUCUGUGUAUAUGUCGUCUGUCCUGGAGUAUCUCUGUGCUGAAAUCCUGGAGCUGGCGGGAAACGCCAGCCGUGACAACAAGAAGUCACGCAUUGCUCCCCGGCACAUCUUGCUGGCAGUGAAAAAUGAUGACGAACUCAACAAGCUGCUGGCAGGGGUCACAAUCUCAGAUGGUGGUGUGAUCCCAAAUAUCCAUGCAAGCCUCCUGCCGAAGAAGACAAAAACACCAAAGGAUGACAACUCUGCUAAAGAUGUCCAGUCACAAGAGUUCUAA